AUGGCGGACGACUCACGGAAAGAGUUGGGCCUGCCAAAUCGCCCGGCAAAGGUGGUCCACAACCGAUUGAACUCUGAUAAUACCAUCUUCGAGCUCUACUUCUCCAAGAAGCCUGCGCCGGAGAACGAGAAGCUCGCCGAUCCAGAUGACCUCGAGGCGCAAGCCGACCAACCAAAGCGCAAACGUUUCUCACGUUUGCGCUAUGAGGUGCUCACCGUGUAUCGCCGCCUCUUUGGGCUGGUUUUUUUGGCCAAUUUGGCUGUCUUUCUCUGGGUGAUGAUCUCGAAUCGCCAAUUGUUGGCCCUGGUAGAUGCCACGGCUGUAAAUCUCGUCGCAUGCGGUCUUGCACGACACCCGAUGGUCGUCAAUGCCAUCUACAGAGUCGUCUGUUCAGUGCCUAGAUCCUGGCCACUUUGGAUUCGUCGGAGAGCCGCCAACGCAGCUCACUAUGGCGGUGUUCACAGUGGUUGCGGCACUGCGUCUUUGGUUUGGUAUAUUGGAUUCGUGGCAAUGGUGUCAAAUAUCUACUUUACCAACUCGCCCAUCAGCACGGCAUCGGAUGCUGGAUUUUCGGCCGCGCCGAUUGUCGUCUCCUACAUCAUUCUGGCUCUCUUACUGGUGAUGGUUGUUGUUGCAUACCCCACAUUUCGACGAAAGAUGCACGACUAUUUCGAGCUCACUCAUCGGUUUACUUCGUGGCUUAUUCUGGCCCUAUUUGUUGUACUGUUAAUGAUCUUCGUCCACGAGGUCAGCAGGGCCCAGAAGGAGACCUUUGGUUACUUCCUGGUCACCCUCCCUGCUUUCUGGCUUUUGAUCGCGGCGAUUCUCGCCGUGGCUCAUCCUUGGAUUUUGCUGCGGAAGAUCAAGGUCCAGACGGAACCUCUGUCAACACAUGCGACGAGAGUCCACUUCGAUCACACCCCGAUUGCCUUUGCCAAGGGUAUCCAGGUGACGAAGCACCCUCUCCGCGACUGGCACAGUUUCGCCGGCUUCCCAGACCCCGAGUCCACUGAAAAUGUGGCGUCUGAAAAGCCCCAGGAGCCCCGGUCCGAGGCACCGCAGGUAUCUGAAUCCGAGAAGCCUCAAGAGCCUGUACAGCCUCAGAAGGCUAUGAAGCCGCACGGCCACGGCCACCGAAGGAGUUGGUCGAUCGUGGUAUCCAAGGCAGGAGACUGGACAGCUGACACUAUCCAAAAUCCCCCCGACUACCUCUGGAAGCGAGCUGUGCUGAUGCGCGGUGUCGGCUAUGGCAUGCGUGUCUUCAAUCGGAUCAUCAUCGUGACAACGGGGUCUGGAAUUGGCCCCUGUCUCGGAUUCCUCGGCGACAAAAACCGCCCCGUGAUCAAGGUGAUCUGGCAGACUCGCACCCCGGUCAAGACCUAUGGCCAAGGUGUCAUGGAUCUGGUCCACCAGAUGGGCCCGGACCCGAUCAUCUUCGACACCAGUCGCGAUGGUCGUGUCGAUAUGCUUCCCACUGUGCGCCAGCAAGUGACGGAGUUUGGCGCCGAGGCCGUGUUCGUCAUUAGUAACCCUGCGAUGACCAAGAAGGUUAUCUAUGAGUUCGAGUCCCAAGGGAUUCCAGCCUAUGGGCCCAUCUUCGAUUCAUGA